AUGCCAUGGCCAGACAAACCUCUCCCAGUUACCGAAUCAAAUACCUAUCCUUUAACUCCAAAACAACCGACUCCUGAGCAAGAAACGGUAACUAAACUACGGGAAGAAGGCAUCCUCGUAGUCUUCAAAACGGGUGCCCAAGAAAUCGCCAAACUCACAACUCAGGUUGCUACUACACUCCGCUAUUUCACCGACCGUGACAUUGUUUUCUUUUCUGAUCAUCAAGGUUCGAUCGGGUCGUUCAUUAUCCACGAUGCUCUCAGAAAUGUUAACCAAGCCGUCCAGUCAGACAAUCCUGACUUUGAUAUAUAUCGUGCGAUCAAGCAAUAUCAAGCUACUGGGCGGGAUAUCGAAUUGUUGAAGGAAGAAGAUAGCAAGGAGAAUGACCGUGAUGGGUGGAGGUUGGACAAAUACAAGUUUAUCCAUAUGGUCGAGGAGACUUUCGAGCUGCGACCUGACGCGAAAUGGUAUGUUUUUAUGGAGACGGACACCUACAUGUUCUGGGAUAAUCUCGUGAGGUGGUUGAAGACACUCGAUCACGAGAAACCUACUUAUCUAGGAUCACCAGCGUACGUAGGAGAUAGAGAAUUUGCCCAUGGCGGCACUGGAUACGUGCUCUCCAAUGCGGCAAUGGAUCUACUUGUUGGCCCUGAGCAGCCUCAAGGUCUCGCUGCCAGUUGGGAUUUCAGAAUACAACAUGAAUUUUACUAUGGGGAUUUCGCGCUUGCCAUGGCAUUGCUGGAGAAAGGUAUACAUGUCACGGCUGGUGAUCCAUAUUUGUGUGGAUAUAAACCAUCGAGUCUCCCUUUUGGCCCUAAUAAUCGAUGGUGUGAGCCCGUGGUGACAGUACAUCAUAUGCGGUCGCAUGAAAUCAAUAAUGUUUGGAGGUUUGAAAGGCAGAGGGAGAGAUUCCAGUCAAAGCUACCUGUUACAUAUGCCAGCUUAUACCACCACUUCGUUGAACCUUACUUGAGGGAACAUCUUAAUAAUUGGGAUAACCUAUCGGACGAUACAACAUAUACCAAAGUGGAUGAUCCAGAAGUAAAGGAAGACGACAAGGUCGAUAUACAUGGACAACCCGAUGAUUCAGAUAAUCCCGAUUUUGAUGUUAGCGCCGGACCUAUGGAAUAUGAGGAAACAUCAAGAAUUGAUAAUGGGGGCCUAAGGAGGAAGAACGAAUACCCCAGCACCAACGGAUUAGGAGGAAGGAGUGAAGGCGAAAAAACACACCCAUAUACCUCCUUCGAACACUGCGGGAAAGCGUGUAGCGAGCAUGAGGGGUGUUUUCAGUACCUGCAUUACGACAACACUUGUAAAUUGAGGAUGUCUUUUUCUCUAGGAAACUACAAGGCCCCAAGUAGUGAUGGUAACGUGAUUUGGAGAUCUGGUUGGAUGGUGACUAGAAUAAAGAAGUGGGUGGAAGAACAUGCUUGCGAAGAGCACGUGUGGCCUGAUUGA